AUGAGCGAUCCGAGUACGACACCGGCAAGGAUGCCACCACCGGGUGUGACGAGCAAUUUCAUCAACCCUGUCAACACUGGAUACCAACAGACGAUAUGCAAUGUACUGUGUUCUAUCUUUGUCGCCAUAUUUGUGGGUACGAGGAUAUACACGCGCAUCAAACUGGUCAAAUGCGUCAGUUGGGACGAUUAUCUUAUCAUACUGGCAGCACUUGUGUUCUACGCCGAAGUGGGAUGUUUCCAAUACAUUGUUCAAGUAGGCUUGGGGAGACAUCUAUGGGACGUCAGCGCCGAACGAUUCUCACCAACUUUCCUGGAGGUCUGGACGUUUGGUGCCAUGAUCUAUUCUGUCUGCAUGUUGCUCACCAAGAUGUCCAUCUUGAUGUUGUAUCGAAGACUGUUUCCUAUCGACAAUUUCAGGUAUCUCUGGUGGAUGUGCGUGUUUUGUACCAUGGGAUAUGGUUUGGGUGCUAUUUUCUCGAGUCUAUUUGCUUGUGUGCCUGUUAGGGCUCAGUGGGAUCUGACAAUAUCUGCUUCGAGGUGUAUCAACAAGCAGGCCUUCUAUAUCGGCAAUGGCGUGAUGAAUAUCAUCACGGAUCUGAUGAUCCUUGCUCUUCCUAUACCUAUUGUUUGGAGAUUGACUCUUGAACUGAGACAGAAAAUCAUUCUCAGUGUUGUCUUCACGCUAGGCUCGAUCUCCUGUGUCAUCAGUCUGGUGCGUCUCCUCAGCAUCGUGACAUGGAUCCGCGUAGGGAAUAGUGACAUAACCUACACCCUCCAACCCAUCGUAGCCUGGUCCGAAAUCGAACUGGCAGCCUGCAUCAUCUGCGCCAACGCCCCCUGCCUGCGCCCCUUCUUC